UCCCCUCGUUGAACCCCCUGCCUGGCCCACCCAUGGGGUGUGGGGGGCUCAGCACCCCCCCAUCCUGCUGCCGUCCCUCCCCAGGGAAGGGACAGAUGGGAGCCACGAGGACGCUGAGGCUCAGCCUGCUGGGCUGCCUGCUGCUCACCCCCCGGCUGCACGGGCAGGAGGCGGCUGCCUGCCCCUCGGGCUGGGUGUCCUUCGAGGAGGGGUGCUACGGCUUCUUCCCCCAGGAGCUGAGCUGGAGAAGGGCAGAGGCCUUUUGCCGGCGUUUCGGGGUGGGGACCCACCUGGCCUCGGUGCACAGCGAGGAGGAGCACGGGGCCAUCGCCACCAUGCUCUCCUCCUCCCACCCCGCCGAGGGCAGCGAGGAGGGGGACAAGGACAACGGCGUCUGGAUCGGCCUCCACCGUCCCCGGCGGAGCAAAUACUGGCAGUGGUCGGAUGGCUCGGAGGUGGACUAUGGCUCCUGGCACCAGCAGGAGCACGGCUCCAGGAGGAGAGUCUGCGCCGCGCUGCAGGACUCCACCGGCUACCAUCUGCACGACCCCUCCCGCAACCGAGCCCCCGCCUACAGCUUCGGGGUGCGGGCUGGGGGGCAGCAGCCGGAGCGCUCCCCGGGACCCGCGUACCUGGUGCCCCCCGGGACCACCACCAAGGGCAAGGACGGGAUCCCCGCCUACUCCAUCCACGGCCGCCCCCACGACCUGCCGCCCUUCCGCACGCCCGGGCCAGGCUGCUACUCCCCGGAGAGGGCCGGCAGGCUGACCUUACCCUGCGCCCCCGCCUGCUCCCUCCGCUCCCGUGGCCGGCAGUUCACCACCGAGGAGACCCCGGUGUGGGGGGGGUGUCACCGCAGCCUCUGCCCGCAGACCCCGGGGCCCUGUGGCUACCGCCUGGUGGAUGCCAACGUCUACAAGCAGCGUGCCCCAAAGUACAGCAUGGCGGCCCGCAACUACCUCCCCGGGGACAACACCCUCAAGCCCGGACCUGGCACCUACACCCUGGAGCAGGGCCGGCAGCGGGGACAGACCUUCGGCAUCCGUCACUCCAACUACCUGGUCCCCCUCAUCGUGGAUGUGCUGGAUUAAGGGGGGGUGUGGGGUUGGGGGGGCUGCAGGGUGUGGAGUGGACCCCCAAAAAAACAUCGAUGC